AUGGCGAGGCCAUCAGGUAGUGCUGGUGGGGGUGCUGGUGGUAAAAAGGAGGAUGAAAGUGCCAAACAUAUGUUUGAUAGGAUAGGGAAAGAAGUGUACGACGAAAUAGUGAAAAAGGAUGUUGGUGCUGAAGCAUAUAAAGAGGCGUUGAAAGGAAAGUUGCAGAAAGCAGCAAGUACUAUUUCGGAAUUAGCUGGCAUCACAGAUACAUGCAAACGUGUACAGAAAUAUUAUGAGCACUUUAAUGUUGGUGCUGCUCGCGGUAAAAGGUAUCCGUGCACAAAUUUAAAAAGAAAUACAAAUGAAGAACGUUUUUCCAAUACACUUGGUGGUCAGUGUACUAACAAAAAAAUGAAAUGUAGUAAUGGUGAAGGAGCUUGUGCACCAUACCGACGUCUACAUUUAUGUCAUCAUAAUUUGGAAACUAUAGAAACAACGUCGAAGACGUCUACUGACACAUUGUUGGCAGAGGUGUGUAUGGCAGCAUACUAUGAAGGAGAAUCUUUAACAAGACAACAUGUCAAACAUAAACUAACUAAUUCUGAUGUCAAUAUCAAUAUAUGUACCGUUUUAGCACGAAGCUUUGCAGAUAUAGGGGAUAUCGUUAGAGGAAAAGAUCUAUUUUAUGGUAAUACAUAUGAAAGUACACAAAGAAAAGUAUUAGACGAUAAUUUAAAAACAAUUUUCGAAAACAUUAAGAAAAGUGAUACAAAACUAACUAAGCUUAAUGAUGAACAAAUUAGGGAAUAUUGGUGGGAAGCCAAUCGAGAAACAGUAUGGAAAGCCAUAACAUGUAGCGACGACCUAAAAAAUUCUUCAUAUUUUCGAACAACAGCGUGUGCAGGAACGCGGACUAAUGACAAAUGCCGCUGUACCAAGUCAAGUGGCGCAAAGGUCGACGACCAAGUCCCCACAUAUUUUGAUUAUGUGCCGCAGUAUCUUCGCUGGUUCGAGGAAUGGGCCGAAGACUUUUGUAGGAAAAAAAAUAAAAAAAUAAAAGAUGUUAAAACAAAUUGUCGUGAUGAAAAAGAAAAAUAUUGUAGUGGUAAUGGAUAUGAUUGCAGAAAAACUAUAUACAAAAAAGGUAAACUUGUUAUAGGUGAACAUUGUACAAACUGUUCUGUUUGGUGUCGUCUGUAUGAAAAAUGGAUAGAUAACCAGAAAAAAGAAUUUCUAAAACAAAAAAAUAAAUAUACAAAAGAAAUGAAAAAAUAUAAAAAUGGAGAAUCACGUAGUGGUAGUGAUGGCAAUAAGUAUGAUGGAUAUGAAAGUAAAUUUUAUAAAAUACUUAAAGGCGGCUAUGAAAAAGUCAAUAAUUUUUUGGAAUUAUUAAAUGAAGAAAAAGAAUGUAAAGGUAUUAGUGAAGUAAAAGAAAAAAUUGAUUUUAAAACAGUUGAUAAUGGUUUUGAUAAAAAUAUUAAUAGUCCAGGAACGUUUUAUCAUUCGGAAUAUUGUAAACCGUGUCCCGGAUGUGGGGUGAAACUUGAAGAUAAUGUUUGGAAAGAGAAAAAAGGAGGUACAUGCGAUCGUCGAAAACUUUAUACUACUAUAACUAAUGCCGAAUCUACUAAUAUAGAUGUCCUUUCUUUCGGUGAUAAACGCGAAGAUAGAGAAACAAAAUUAAAGGCGUUUUGUCCUAAAACAAAUGGUGAUACAACAAAUGGUGUUCAUGGUAGUGGUGAUUGUGGUGGUACUAAUAGUGAUCCUUCUUUGUGUGAAAAAUGGAAAUGUUAUAAACAUGAACAUGUACAGAAAGUUAAAAAUGGAGAGGAUGACGAUGACGAUGACGACGUCGACGGCAACUAUGUAAAAAAUGGAGGCGGAUUAUGUAUAUUGCCAAACCCCAAAAAAAAGGAAGAAGAAAAAACAAAAAAGUCUGAAAAAGAACCUGAUGAAUUCCAAAAGACGUUCAACGAAUUUUUUUACUUUUGGAUAGGACGUUUUUUGAACGAUUCUAUGUAUUGGAGAGGAAAAGUUGGGGGAUGCUUAAAAAAUAAAUCAGAAAAAUGUAAAAAUGAAUGUAACACAAAAUGUGAUUGUUUUUUAAAAUGGAUUACACAAAAAAAAACCGAAUGGGACAAAAUAGUACAACAUUUUAAAAAGCAAGAUUUUGGCCCUCAAGUAGAAAAUGGCGGAAGUGGAAUGUUAGGCGGACUAAUGAGUUGUCCUGAUUUUGUUCUUAAAACAGUUUUGAAAUUAGAGGAUCUUUUCGAAAAUAUUAAAUCGGGUUAUGGGAAUGUAAAAGAAACAGAAGGAAUUAACAAAAUAUUGGAUGAGGAACAAAAAAAAAAUAAAGAAGAAGCAGAUGAUGGUGUUGGUGGUGGUGGUAUCGAUUUUGCUGCUUUUGCUGUUUCGUGUACUGAAGAUGGUGUCGCUAAACAGAACACUACAAUUGAUAAAUUGCUCAAUCAGGAAGAUAAAGAUGCCACUGAAUGCAAAAAAUGCGAAGAACAAGCAGCUAGAGCUCGUUCCGCCGAAACCAACGACGAACCACCCGGCAGCCCACCACGUUCUGAGGAAGUCGAAUCCGAAGAAGAAGAAGAAGAAGAGGAGGAAGACGAAGAUCACGGCCCCGACGACGAGGAGGCGAAGACGGCGGAAGGUGCAGGUGAAGGUGAAGGCGCGGAGGCACCAAAAGAGGUGGUACCGGGACCAAAAGACGCGGAGGUACCCGCGGCAACAACAACAACACAAAACGAUGUAAAGGUGUGCAAAACGGUGGCAGAAGCACUCAAAACCAGUCUUACUGACGCCUGUACCCUCAAAUAUGUUACUGGUAAAAACUACGGCUGGAAAUGUAUACCAACUAGUGGUGGUGACAAAACAGCCACAAGUGAGGGUAGUAGUGAAAGUGGUCGUCGUAUAGCCAAACGUAGUGUUGAAACAAGUGGUUCUAGUGGUGGUAGUGGUGCCACUGGCAAAAGUGAUGGUAGUAUUUGUAUCCCACCCAGGAGGCGAAAACUAUACCUUGGUGGUUUCAAACGAUUGACAGACGGCACCUCGGUGUCGAGUGAACCCACUACGGCGACCUCGUCGCCGUCACCAAAAGGUGACUCGCUCCUUACCGCCUUCGUGGAAAGUGCCGCUGUGGAAACGUUUUUCUUAUGGCAUAAGUAUAAAGCGGAAAACACGAAGACACAAAGUGAGUCGCUACUACUACCACCACAACCAGUACCCGUUGUAGACAAUGACAACCCCCAAAACCAAUUACUUAGUGGUAAGAUACCCCCCGAUUUUUUGCGUCAAAUGUUUUAUACAUUAGGAGACUAUAGAGAUAUAUUAUUUAGUGGUAGUAAAGACGAGAAAAGUAGUACCUACAACGACAUACUUAAAGGUGAUAAAGAAAUGAAAGCAAAAGAAGAGAAAAUAAAAGAAAAGAUAACGAGUUUUUUUCAAAAUGGUGAUUCCCAACCUCCUAAUGGAAAACAUGUCACCCAAACUAGUGACAAAACCCCCCAACAAACCUGGUGGCAAGCACAUGGUCCCGAUAUCUGGAAUGGAAUGGUAUGUGCCUUAACAUACAAAGAAGACACAAGUGGCGCAAAAGGCGAAAGUGCCAAAAUAGAACAGGAUAAUGAAGUGGAAACAAAACUUAAGGAAAAACUCCAAAAGGACAAAGACUACCACUACGACACCGUCACACUUAAAGAUGAACAAAGUGGUGGUGACUCCACCCUCAACAACCCCAAAUUAAAAAAUUUCGUGGAAAUACCUACAUAUUUUCGUUACCUGCACGAAUGGGGUCAAAAUUUUUGUAAAGAGAGGAAAAAGAGGUUACAGAAGAUAGAGGGGGACUGUCGUGUAGAAGAUGGUUCAAAAAACUGUAGCGGUUAUGGUGAGGAUUGUAAAGAUAAUCUUCUUAAUAAGCCUUAUGAUACACUUCCGUCUUUUAAUUGUCGGAGUUGUGGAAUAGAAUGUAGAAAAUAUAAAAAUUGGAUAAAAGGAAAAAGAAAAGAAUUUGAGGAACAAAAACAAGAAUAUAGUAAACAAAAAACGGAUGCUGAAGGUAAUAAUAAUGGUAAUGAAUUUUAUACAAAACUAGAAGAGUGCCCUGAGGUUAAAGACUUUUUACAGAAGUUAGAACCAUGUAAAAAGGAUAAUGGAGAGGGUAAAACAAUUUUUCAGGAUGAAGCUGAAGCAUUUGGACAUAAAAAAUAUUGUGAUCCAUGUUCUCAAUUUAAAAUAGAUUGUAAAAAUGGUAAAUGCAAGAGUGGUGAUACAAAAGUGAACUGCAAUCGUAAAAAUACUAUUGAUGCAACAGAAAUUGAAAAUAUAAAAACAAAUACUAAAGAAGUUACUAUGCUUGUGAGUGAUGGCAAUAAAAAAUUUUUUCAUGGUUUAAACAAAUGUCGAUUUGCUGGUAUCUUUGAAGGUAUUAGAAAAGAUGAAUGGAAAUGUGGUGAGAUAUGUGGUUAUAAUGUAUGUAAACCCAUAAACGUUAAUGACCUAAAAGUCAAUGGAACACAAAAUCAAAACCAAAUUAUAAUAAUUACUGCAUUCGUUAAACUUUGGGUAGAAUAUUUUUUUGAAGAUUAUAAGAAAAUUAAACAUAAAAUUUCACAUUGUAUAAAUAGUGGAAAUAAAUCCACAUGUACAAAUGAUUGUCCAAAUAAAUGUAAAUGUGUGAAAGAAUGGGUAGAAGAAAAAACGAAUGAAUGGAAAACAUUAAAAGAACGUUUCAAUGAUCAAUAUAAGAAUGAUUCACAAAUUUACCCAGUGAGAAGUAUUUUGGAGGAAUUGAUACCUCAAAUUGAUGUUACAAUUGAUAAAAAAAAUUAUACAAGUUUAGAGGAGUUAGAGAAGACACUUAAAUGUAAUGGAAGUGAUAAAUCACAAAAUGGUACACAAAAGGAUAUCAUAGAAUGUUUACUUGGUAACCUUAAAGAUAAAAUAGAAACGUAUCCAUCCUCAACUAGUGGUAGCGAACAGUGUACCACCCCACCCUCCAACCUUGACGACUACACACACACCGAUGAUGAUGAUGCACAUGAGAAAGAAAAGCAGAGUCCAAAGUUUUGUAAGGAUGGUGUGGUACCGGAAAAAUCGAAAGUUCCAGAAAGUGAAGAUGAUUCAACCAAAACUUCAGAAUCAACUAAAAAAGGUGAAUCUUCUAUUGAGGAUAUAUUUAAAACAUGUCCUUAUGAUAAUGAUACGUGUAAUAAUUAUCGAAAUAAAAAUAACAUUGGAUGUCCACCAAAAACGCAUCAUACAAAUUUGAAUCAUUGGAAAAACACACUUAUAAAAUUUGAUAAAGGUAAAAGUACAGAUAUGAAUGAUGGUAUUUUGAUUCCUCCUAGAAGAAGGCAAUUGUGUUUUAGAAACAUUAGAAAAUUUCAUGGUAGAAUAGAUAGUGAACAAAAAUUUAGGGAAUAUUUUAUAGCUGAUGUAUACAAUGAAGCAAAACAAUUAUCUCGAUAUUAUGCUAAAGAUAACGAAAAAAUUUUGGAAGCUAUCAAAAAUAGUUUUGCCGAUUAUGGAAAUAUUGUCAAAGGAGAUGAUAUGUUGGGAGAUGGAUUAUCUGAAAUAAUACAAAAAAUUUUAGUUAAAUUAAAUGAAAAGAAAAGCAACGCUGAAAAACUAGCUCUACAACAAUUGUGGGAAAAUAAUAAAAAAUAUGUUUGGUAUGUUAUGUUAUGUGGAUAUAAACAAGGAAAUCAUUCUGUUAAAAAUAUAGAAAAUGAAUGCACAUUGCCAACUACUGAAAGUGAAGAUCAAUUUCUGAGAUGGUUUCAAGAAUGGGGAAAAAUAUUCUGUACAAGGAAAAAAGAAUUAAAGGAAGAGGUAAAACAACAAUGUAGUAAUUCUAUAUGUACUAAACAUAAAACAAUUGAAAAUAGAUGUCAAAAGGCUUGUAAAAAAUAUAGUAAUUUUAUCUCAACAAAUCAAAACGUAUAUCUGUUACUAAAGAGUCAAUACGAUAAAAAUUAUAAAAGAGAUAAAACAGGUGGUAGAGAAGCUCAUGAUUAUUUGAAAAUUAAAUGUAAAAAUGGAAAAUGCGACUGUAUCGUUCAAAAUUUUAUUGACGACGAUAAAUGGGAAAAACCAUAUGAAACGUUGGAUAAAAAUCUGAAAAGUAAAUGUGAGUGCAUAAAACCUAAACCUACAUGUACUACAAACACAGCUGAAACAGAAAAAAAAAAAGAAGAAGAAAACGAUCAACUCCCUGCUCCAAAAGAACAGACCGAUCCAGGUUCCGAUACCCCUCCACCCUUACCAACCCCUUCAAAACCUGAUGAGCUACUCCCCAUCCAAGCAGACCAACCGUUUGACCCGACUAUCCUACAAACAACCAUUCCUUUUGGUAUUGCGCUGGCUUUAGGAUCCAUUGCUUUUUUAUUUUUGAAGAAAAAAACCAAAUCUACUAUUGAUCUUUUGCGUGUCAUUAAUAUCCCCAAAAGUGAUUAUGAUAUACCGACAAAACUUUCACCCAAUAGAUAUAUACCUUAUACUAGUGGUAAAUACAGAGGCAAACGGUACAUUUACCUUGAAGGAGAUAGUGGAACAGAUAGUGGUUACACCGAUCAUUAUAGUGAUAUUACUUCCUCUUCCGAAAGUGAAUAUGAAGAACUGGAUAUUAAUGAUAUAUAUGCACCACGUGCUCCUAAAUAUAAAACAUUGAUUGAAGUGGUACUAGAACCUAGUGGUAACAACACAACAGCUAGUGGUAACAACACAACAGCUAGUGGUAACAACACAACAGCUAGUGGUAACAACACAACAGCUAGUGAUACACAAAAUGAUAUACAAAAUGAUGGUAUACCUAGUAGUAAAAUUACAGAUAAUGAGUGGAAUACAUUGAAAGAUGAAUUUAUAUCACAAUAUUUACCAAAUACAGAACCAAAUAAUAAUUAUAGAAGUGGAAAUAGUCCAACAAAUACCAAUAUUACUACCACGUCACGUCAUAAUAUGGAAGAAAAACCUUUUAUUACUUCUAUUCAUGAUAGAAAUUUAUAUACUGGAGAAGAAAUUAGUUAUAAUAUUAAUAUGAGUACUAAUAGUAUGGAUGAUCCAAAAUAUGUAUCAAAUAAUGUAUAUUCUGGUAUCGAUUUAAUUAAUGACACAUUAAGUGGUAACAAACAUAUUGAUAUAUAUGAUGAAGUUUUGAAAAGAAAAGAAAAUGAAUUAUUUGGAACAAAUCAUACGAAAAAAAAUACAUCAACCAAUAGUGUUGCCAAACUAACAAAUAGUGACCCCAUCCACAACCAACUGGAACUAUUCCAUAAAUGGUUAGAUAGACAUAGAGAUAUGUGCGAAAAGUUGAAAAAUGAUAAUGAGCGGUUAGCCAAAUUGAAAGAAGAGUGGGAAAAUGAGACACAUAGUGGUGACAUAAAUAGUGGUAUACCUAGUGGUAAACUAAGUGAUAUACCUAGUGAUAACAACAUACAUAGUGAUAUUCAUCCUAGUGAUAUACAUAGUGGUAAACUAAGUGACAUACCUAGUGGUAAACAAGUGUUGAAUACGGAUGUUUCUAUACAAAUACAUAUGGAUAAUCCCAAAACUACAAAUGAGUUUACAUAUGUGGAUAGUAACCCCAACCAAGUGGAUGACACCUACGUGGAUAGUAACCCUGACAAUUCUUCCAUGGAUACUAUCUUGGAGGAUCUGGAAAAAUAUAAUGAACCUUAUUAUGAUGUGCAAGAUGAUAUUUAUUAUGAUGUACAUGAUCAUGAUGCAUCAACUGUGGAUAGUAAUGCUAUGGAUGUUCCUAGUAAAGUACAAAUUGAAAUGGAUGUAAAUACGAAAUUGGUGAAAGAGAAAUAUCCUAUAUCAGAUGUAUGGGAUAUAUAA